CAGGUAUCCAAGGACCCAGAAGCAUCUCACUUCACUUCAGCUGGCUCUGGGAGAGAGAAGACGGGAGGGCAACCUUGACUCAUUGAUCAACAAGCAAUGAAAGAAGAAACUAUGAAGGUGAUAAGGCUUUCCUUCUUCAUUCUGAGCAGCUUAUUGGAAGAGCAGAGUUAAAUCUCCUUGGAGAAACUUCCCCCAAAAAAGGGAUGGACAAUUUCAUCCGAAAACACUUGCAUUUCUUUCAUACGUUUUGGAACAAGUGUGUGCCCAACGGAGCCUCCAGUAACCGUUCUUUAGAGUCCUGGGAGCCGAUCCCGGGAUCCUUACAUCCCACGCUGGAUCCUGACCCUGCUGAAGACAAAGCUUCCCUCCGUGGGGUGCUGUACAACUACACUGCCAAGAAUGCCGAGGAGCUGAGUGUUACUAGAGGAGACAAACUUUAUGUCCUCAAAGAAGAAGGGGGUUAUGUCCUAGCAAGGCGCUUCUCUGGAGAUAGAGUCGUGGGCUAUGUUCCAGCCAGCUACAUCAGCAAGGGCAGUGAGGAACCAGCCAGCCAUCAAUC